AUGCUCUCCCGCAUUGCCUUGGUUCAGACGUCAGCUACAGACGUUGACGAAAAGCUGUUCACUGCUAUCCAGAUUCUCCUCUUUACCCCGGGAAAAUCAAACAUUUUUUUCUCCCAUCUCCAACAGCAUCAAGCCAACAGUGCGGAAUACCUGGCACACCUGAGUGAUCGAACGCCCAAGUAUUCGCCCUUCUCUGAGCAGAGCUCAAAUUUCGUUUUCGUCUAA